AUGGACUCAGAAGCUUCUCUUUCCCUCAGUGUGAAGACCCGCUCCUGCUGUCUUCACCGUGAGAUCCUGGACCAGCAGGAUGGUGUGGUGGAGGAUGAUGGUCUCACUGGUCUCCUGAGGUUGUCCACCAGCGUCCUGAAGCAUAAGCCCCAGUUUAAGUUCUCCCGUGAAGGGCAGGAGUUCCUGCGUGACGUCCAUAACCUGCUCUUCCUGCUGCCCUCUCUGUCCGACCGCUCCCAGCCCAAGUGCAAGAGCCACUCUGCCCGGGCCGCGGCCUACGACCUCCUGGUGGAGACUGUCCGAGGCUCCGGAGACAACUACCGUCUGCUGCACAACUGGGUCAUGGCCCAGCACCUGCAGACCUCCCACGCCCCGUACAAGUGGGACUACUGGCCUCAUGAUGAUGUCCGAGCAGAGUGCCGCUUCGUGGGGCUCACUAACCUGGGAGCCACCUGUUAUUUAGCCUCUACCAUCCAACAGCUGUACAUGAUCCCAGAGGCCAGGCAGGCUGUGUUCACUGCUAAGUUGGCCCUGGGACUUGGGGUCUCCACCGUGCCGUCCCAGUGUCGCUUGCACGGUGGGCUGAAGCACCCACGCUUCCACCAGAACGGACCUGGCACCAGCUUCCAGACCAGUCCCCGUAGUCUCCAGCUGCCUCAUCCGAGCUUGGCACCAGCAAAUACCACGAAGCCCUGCCAGAGUGAGAAGGAACAGCACAACCACAACACACUGGCCUCCCCUCUCCAGCAGCUUCCCUUCCCCAGGAUGCCACAAGCGUCGUGA